AUGGAACCCCCUCUAGGGGAUGAGUCUUCGCUGGACAGUGAAUGGUUUGUGCUGGUUCCGGAACCCACCUCUGCACCUGUGGACUGCCAACCAAGUUUGCAGACUCGUGUCUCUGCUCCAUCAACCCAGCCGGAGGUGACUGUGCCACCUCUUGCGGGCCAGUCCCAAACAAGUCACCUACCUGGUACAGCUGAUGUUUCCCCCGGCAACACCGGGGCAUCCCUGAGAGGGACCACUAGCCCUGGCAGUAAGCGUCAAUCAUCGGGUCGACGAUUCAAAAACCGGUGGGUAGAUUGUGGUGGGGAACGCUUCCCUAGUACCAAAGCACUUGUGGUGUUUGGUGUUCCUGCAAAGAUCCUUGAUUUGACCUGUUGGCAGAGGGCAGAGCACGCUGCCACGGUAACGCACCCGCUUCCUGCGGCCUUCUCGGAUCUGCUGCCUCACUUCCUGGUGGAGCCUGACGACGUUUAUAUUGUGAAGAAUAAGCCGGUCACUCUUACUUGUCGCUCUAAGCCCGCAACACAAAUCUACUUCAAAUGCAAUGGAGAGUGGGUGCACCAAGACGACCAUCUGAUUGAGCGCACCGUCGAAUCAGCCACAGGGCUGCCUGUGAUGCAGGUGAAGAUUGAUAUCACCAGACAGCAGGUGGAGAAGAUAUUUGGGUUGGAGGAUUACUGGUGUCAGUGUGUGGCCUGGAGCACUACAGGAACCCAGAAGAGUCAAAAGGCAUAUGUGCGAAUUGCCUAUCUGAGAAAGAAUUUUGAAGAAGAGCCUUUGGGGAAAGAGGUGGCGUUGGAUCAGGAAGUGCUGCUACGCUGCCAUCCCCCUGAAGGCGUGCCUACAGCUGAGGUGGAGUGGCAGAAAAACGAGGAGCUGAUCGACCCCAAGGCUGACCCCAAUUUCUUCAUCACAGCAGACCAUAAUCUCAUCAUCAAACAAGCCCGGCUAGGGGACACUGGCAACUACACCUGCGUGGCCAAGAACAUUGUGGCUCGACGAAAAAGCUCUUCGGCAACUGUGAUUGUCUAUGUGAACGGCGGCUGGUCCACGUGGACCACGUGGUCGGCCUGCAGCGCCGUCUGCGGCCGGGGGUGGCAGAAGAGGACCCGGAGUUGUACCAACCCCACCCCCCUCAACGGAGGGACUUCCUGCGAGGGCCAGAGUGUCCAGAAAAGCGCCUGUACUGCCACCUGUCCAGUGGACGGAGGCUGGAGCGAGUGGAGUAAAUGGUCAGCCUGUGGAGCGGACUGUUCCAUGUGGAGGAGUCGUGAGUGUACCCAGCCCACACCUGGCACCGGUGGCAAAGACUGCCAGGGCAUAGACCUGCAAUCUCUCAACUGCACCAGUGAGCAGUGCCCACAGACUGCGUCUGGGGCUGAAGACGUGGCUCUGUAUGUGGGGAUAGUGGCCGUGGCUCUGUGUCUGACCCUGCUGCUCAUCGUGGUGGUCCUGGUGUACCGGAGGAAGAAGGAAGGCUUGGACGCCGACGUGGCCGAUUCCUCUAUCCUCACCACUGGCUUCCAGCCCAUGGGCAUUAAGCCCACCAAGCCAGGUGUGUGGGCACCGCACAGGCCAGCCCGCAGCAAGAAUUCCCAUUUACUGACCAUUCAACCUGACCUCACCACCACCACCACGAGUUACCAAGGCACUCUACGCUCGCGGCACGACACUACUGGGAAGUUCUCCAUGUCUAACGGUCCUCUGCUGGAACCCUUGCCCAACGGCUCCCACACGCUGCACAAUGGCAAACUACCCAGCGAUCCCACCGAUUUCAUGAACAGGCUGUCCACCCAAACCUUCUUCAAAACCAUGCCGAGAGACAAUGGAAACGCUUCCUACGGCACCUUCAACUUCUUAGGAGGACGACUGACCCUCCCCAACACGGGAAUCAGCCUGCUCAUUCCACCAGAGGCCAUUCCCAGAGGGAAGAUAUAUGAGAUUUAUCUAACUGUUCAGAGGAAAGAAGAUUUAAGGCUGCCCCUCACUGGCUGUCAGACCCUGCUGAGCCCUGUUGUGAGCUGUGGCCCUCCUGGUGUGGUGCUCACACGCCCAGUCAUCCUGAGUAUGGACCACUGCUCUGACGCCAUUCCUGAGAACUGGGCAAUUAGACUGAAAAAACAGUCCUAUGAAGGAACCUGGGAGGAUGUGUUGCUGAUGGGGGAGGAGCUUGCAUCAGAGCCUUACUACUGCCAGCUGGAGGCGGAGACAUGCCGCGUGUUCACCGAGCAGCUGGGUCGCUUCGCCCUGGUCGGAGAGUCCCUGAGCAUGGCGGCAGCCAAACGCCUCAAACUGCUGAUCUUUGCCCCCAUCUACUGCACCACCCUGGAGUACAGCAUCCGCGUCUAUUGCAUGGACGACACUCAGGACGUGAUGAAGGAGGUGAUACAGAUGGAGAAGCAGCUGGGAGGGCGGCUGAUUGACGAGCCCCACGUCCUCCUUUUCAAAGACAGUUACCACAACCUGCGCUUAUCCAUCCAUGACAUGCCUCAGGCUCACUGGAGGAGUAAACUGCUUGCUGGCUAUCAGGAGAUCCCAUUUUAUCACAUCUGGAAUGGCUCUCAGAGGAGCUUACACUGCACCUUCACCCUGGAGCGCCUCAGCCUGAGCACUUGUGAUCUCACAUGCACACUGUGCGUCUGGCAAGUCGAGGGCGAGGGGCAGAGCUUCAGCCUUGACUUCAAUAUCUCCAAGGACAACAGACCACUGGAUUCUGAUUUCCUAAUGAUGGACAAUAGCACCCCAGCUCUUGCUGGCCCCAGUGCAUUCCAGAUCCCUUACCUCAUUCGGCAGAAGAUCUGCAGCAGUCUUGAUCAGCCAUGCCCCAAUGGAGCUGACUGGAGACUGCUGGCACAGAGACUGAAGCUGGACAGGCAUCUCAGUUUCUUCGCAUCCAAAGCCAGCCCUACAUCGGUGAUCCUGGACUUAUGGGAAGCACAGCACUUCCACAGCGGCAACCUCAAUCAGCUGGCCGCCGUCAUGGCAGAGAUUGGCAAACAAGAGGCCAUGAUAUUCCUGGUGUCGGACGGAGAGUGCUAA